AUGGCGUCGAACGACAUCCUCUGUGCCUCGGUGGAAGACCGGACAUUUGGUCCAUGGGCUCAGCAAUGCCGUGGAGCAUUUGAUUUCACUCUCCUCUUUGAGGAGAGCAUCCUCACAUUGGUACCGUUAUGCAUUAUGAUCCUGCUUGCCCCGUUCCGAAUUGCAUAUCUUUUCAAGAAAAAGCGGAAAGUCGAGGACACUCCCUUGGUUCAUAUGAAAAUUACGUCUCUCGCAGCAUAUUGUGGAUUGCAGCUUUUGCUUGUAAUUCUUUGGACCCGUCCCGAUGUCACUAGAACUCAGCUCUCAAUCGCAGUCAAUGUCUUGACGCUCGUUGGUUCCAUUCUAUUCAUCCUCCUCUCGUACGCGGAACACUUGUACACGACAACGCCGUCUUUGAUGCUCAACGUAUUCAUCUUCUUCACACUUAUUUUUGACGUUGCUCGAGCAAGGACUCUAUGGCUGCGAGAUGCUAAUGGAACCGGCGAAAUCAUUGCCUGGGGCUUCACGGCCACGGUUGCUUUGAAAUUUGUCAUCUUGAUCCUGGAAGUUACCGAGAAGCGAUUUAUGCUCAAGCCUGAGUACAAAUCCUAUCCUCCGGAAGCCACUGCUGGUAUCUUCAACCGAAGUUUCUUCGUCUGGCUGAACGCUCUUUUCUGGGAGGGAUUCUCCAAGCUGCUCUUCGUAGAAGAUCUAUACGAGCUCGACAAACAUCUGCUCUCAGAGCGCAUUCAUCAGCGCAUGAAUGACGCAUGGGAAAAAGUCAAAUCUAAGACGCCAAACUCGUUGCUCAUGGUGACUUUCAAGACGCUCAAAUGA